AUAUUAAGCUGAAGCUUAGAAGCAAGCAAGGCAGAGUAACUAGAAACACACCAAAAUGUGGAAGAGAGCCUUCGUCGGCGCCGCCACGGCCGCCGCCGCCCUCCGCCGUCCAUUCCCCUCGUUAAUCCGCGGCGCCACCAGCAGCUCAUCGUCCAACUCAAUCUCUUCUGCCGUGAACUCGAUGCUCCUCCGCUCCCUCAAAGACCACUAUCUCGAAGUCGCCAAAAUGAACAUGCCCCCUAAAGUUGGACCUCCAUCGCCGUUCACGAUCGUAAAAGGCGCACUCGAUUCUAACGGCCCUGUGCUGAAGCGGAACUACGGCGACGAAGAGAUCACAAUCUACGUCAUGCGCUUGGCCGCCAACGACGACGAAGACGGCGACGGCGGCGGCGGUGGCGGAGUCAUUGAUCAACUGUUCAUUCACGUGGAUGUGUCGAAACCAAAUCAGAACGAAUGCUUGAUGUUUCUGUGCGGAUUAUACGAAGAUGCUCUGGGGAUUCACUCAGUUUCAAUGAGACCUAAGCUUCAAGAAUCUGGUGGCGGUUACCUCCUCGUUCCUUCGCAAUACGCUGGUCCAUCUUUUGCGAACUGGAAAAUUGAAUUGCUGAACUCAAAUUGUAAGCUCUUAAGAGUUUACUAGUAAAAUUGUUACCUUGAUUUGGGGACCUAAGCUUGUUAUCAGUUUGAUAAGCUUGCUAAUUAGGGUUGGUUUUAGGUGGCAAAUUAACAAUUUUUCCUUUUAGUGAAAAUCGUAGGCAGCUCUUCAUCUACUUGGAUAAAUGUUGAAGAGUUUCUAGUCUAAGAUAACAGAGAAACUUAAGUAUUAGUUUUCUAAAAGCAAAAGGGUGCCUAUUUUCUUGUUACUAUGCCCUAAGGCAAGGAGGAGUUUGGUCGAAUUGGAAGGGAUGAAGCUUGUGUAGUUUGAUGCAUUAGUGGCGUUGUAAAGCUUAGACAAAGAUUGUUUAAUCUCUUUUUGCCAGAGUAACAGUUGAUUGCCAAAACAUGCCAACUCAGUACCCCGUUCACAGAGAUUAUCCCAGGGGCAAACGUGAGUCACAAUUGCAUAUUUGGAGGACUAGAUUAGGUAAAUUGAAAUUUGGGGGUUGAAAAUGAGGCCGGGAUCUAAUUUCACGGGGGGCCAAAAUGGGUAUUAACUCGCCACAUAGAAGAAGCAUUCAUUUUGGUUUAGACUUAGAGUUUGUAUGGUCUUAUUCCAUAUAGUUUAGGGCAAAUUACA